AUGGUGAAAUUCUCAAAGGAGCUCGAAGCUCAACUAAUACCAGAAUGGAAGGAGGCCUUUGUCAACUACAGGCAGCUUAAGAAACACAUCAAAAAGAUCAAACUGGCAAGACUUUCCACACAGUCACAACCCCCAAACGAAACCUUUGGUCGUUCCAUUUUCGAUUCCAUUCGCUUCAUAACCAACAAGCUCCACAGUUCACACAACAGCAUGCAAGAUAUCAUUCAGGUGAGGAGAAAAACAACAGAAGAGAGUGAAGAAGUGUAUGAAACUGAGUUGGCACAAUUGUUUUCGGAAGAGGAUGAGGUGCAAGUGUUUUUUGCAAAGCUUGAUGGAGAGCUUAACAAGGUGAACCAAUUCUACAAGAAGCAAGAGAGUGAGUUUGUUGAGAGAGGAGAAAUGUUGAAGAAGCAGCUUAACAUUUUGUUGGACCUGAAGCAAGUUCUGAGUGACAGACGCAGGAAAAAUCCGUCGCAGAAACCUUCUAAUACUGGAAUUUUCCCUUCAAAUUACUCAGAAAGUGUUGGAGAAUCAAAGGAGGGAGAUUCAGAGGUUUCAGACAUGGAUGAAGUGAUCUCAACGUUGGAAAGAAAUGGUUUGAGUUUUGUGAACUCAGGAGUGAGGGUGAAGACAAAGAAGGGAAAGGCUCAAAUGGGAGUAAGAAUUGAUAUGCCAGGCACCACUCCAACGAUGGUGUGGGAGGAUUUGGUGAACAGUCCAAUGAAAUCAGGGUAUGGAGGAGAAUUGAUUAAGAAAAGAAAAAUUCAGUGUGCUGAGAAGAUGAUUAGAAGUGCAUUUGUGGAGCUCUAUAAAGGUCUUGGCCUUCUCAAAACUUACAGUUCCUUGAAUAUGGUGGCAUUCACAAAGAUACUCAAGAAAUUUGAUAAGGUAUCUUGUCAAAAGGCUUCUACAAAUUAUUUGAAGGAAGUGAAGAGAUCCUAUUUCAUUAGUUCUGAUAAGGUUGUAAGACUAAUGGAUGAAGUGGAAUCAACCUUCACAAAGGAAUUUGCCAACAAUGAUAGGAAAAAGGCAAUGAAGUUUUUAAGACCCCAACAGCCAAAAGCUUCUCAUAUGGUCACCUUCCUUGUUGGGUUGAGCACAGGUUGUUCUGUAUCCUUGUGUUGUGUGUACGUAAUCUUGGCUCAUUUGUGUGGUGUAUUCUCUCCUGGCACUGAGCCAGCAUAUAUGGAUGCAGUUUACCCUGUUUUCAGUUUGUUUGCAUUAUUAAGCCUGCACUUGUUUAUGUAUGGAUGCAACCUGUACAUGUGGAAGAGUACAAGAAUCAACCAUAAUUUCAUAUUUGAGUUCUCUCCAAGCACAGCACUUAAACACAGAGAUGCAUUUCUGAUGUGCACCACCCUCAUGACAACUGUGUUUGGAGCAAUGGUGAUGCACCUGCUUCUAAGGGCUGCAGAUUUUUCUCCUGGCCAAGUUGAUGCUAUGCCAGGAAUUCUUUUUCUGUUCUUUGUAGGUCUUCUCAUUUGCCCAUUUGACAUUUUUUAUCGCCCCACUCGUUUUUGCUUCAUCCGUGUUAUUCGCAACAUAGCUUGCUCUCCAUUUUAUAAGGUUCUUCUGGUAGACUUUUUUAUGGCUGACCAACUAACUAGCCAGAUUCCAUUGCUAAAGCAUUUGGAAACAACAGGUUGUCACAUUUUUUCUAGAGUUUUCAAAACACACCAUCCUGAGGCUUGCCAUUCUGGACGGCUAUAUGUAGAAAUAACCUAUCUGAUAUCAUUUUUGCCAUAUUGGUGGCGUGCAUUGCAGUGUGCAAGAAGAUGGUUUGAUGACAGUGAUGUUAACCAUUUGGCUAACAUGGGGAAGUAUGUUUCAGCAAUGGUUGCAGUAGGAGCUAGAGUCACAUAUAGCAGGCAAGAUAACCAUCUAUGGUUUGCUAUAGUCUUGAUCUCUUCCGGGGUGGCCACAGUUUACCAAUUGUAUUGGGAUUUUUUCAAGGACUGGGGGUUUUUCAAUCCCAACUCCAAAAACCCUUGGCUAAGAGAUGAUCUAAUUUUAAAGAACAAAAACAUAUACUACAUGUCUAUUGCAUUGAAUGUUGUCCUGAGGGUGGCUUGGGUGGAGAGUAUCAUGCACCUCAAAGUGGGACCUGUCCAAACAAGGCUACUAGACUUUUUGUUAGCUUCACUUGAGGUUAUUCGAAGAGGGCAUUGGAAUUUCUACAGAUUGGAGAAUGAGCAUCUAAACAACGUGGGACAUUACAGGGCAGUGAAGGCUGUUCCGCUACCCUUUCGUGAGAUAGACUCAGACAAUUGA